AUGUCGGCUGUCCACUACAAGUUCGCCUCCCAGCCGAACUCCAAGGUGGUCACCUUCCAGGGCCCCAGCAUCUCCCUGGGUGACCUCAAGCGCCAGAUCAUGGCCCAGGAGAGGCUGAAGGAGGUCAACAGCGACCUACAGAUCCUCAAAGCUGACACCAAAGAAGAAUACCCCGAGGAUGCUCUGAUCCCGAAGAACAUCACGGUGAUCGUGAGGAGGGUCCCGGCUCCAGAGAU